CGCGGCUGAAGAGGACCUCUACUUUGUAGAUAAAAUCGCAUAUAUCUACAUCUUCGACGCGUUUUAUAGCCAGGUCAUCUGCCAUACUGAGAGACUUCGAGUUUCCGAGACUCUUCAAAUUUGAUCACGUCGUCACCAUGCCAUCCACAACCUCGACAAGGCCAACGAAACGCCUAGCCAUCUUCUGCGACGGAACGUGGGUCGGCCGCGAAACCGAAGUCGAAGAUGCACCACCAAGCAACAUCCGACAACUCGCAAAUAUGGUCGGUGAAGUCAAAUAUGUCACCGACGACAAAACAGCCGCAAAGGUUCAUCCCAUCAUACCUCACAAUACAACGCCUAAAGGUUCUCCCCUGGACAUCAUCGCCGGUUACCAAGAAGGCGUCGGCCUGAACAAGACCUUUUUACAGUACAUCUGGGACGGCGCAACUGCCUCCACCAUCGGCGAAGAAUGCAUAGCCGCCUACCGCUUUAUAGUGGAAAACUACACUCCGGAUCACGAAAUCUGGCUCUUCGGCUUCAGCCGCGGCGCCUUUACCGUCCGCUGUGUAGCCGGCAUGAUCAACAACUGUGGCAUCAUAAAACGGCUUCCGGAAUACACAGAUGUCGAAGUUCAAAGGCUCUGUCAUGAGGUCUUCAGAACAUACCGGAGUAACCUCCCCAUUGACGCACCCAAGAGCGAAGAAUGCCAGCGAUGGAAGGGGCUUGAUGAUAAAGUCUGGCAAGUCAAACGGCCUAUUCGUUUCAUGGGUAUCAUCGAUACCGUUGGUGCGCUGGGUAUUCCGAGACUCAACGCGGGAAUUGGGUUUGAUUGGAGCCCAUUUGAAUUUUUCGACCAGACUGUCAGUAGCGUCGUGCAGCAUGUCUACCAUGCGCCUUGUUUGCACGAUCGACUGUGGAUCUUCCAGCCUUGUUUGGUCUAUCCUAGUGAAGAGGGUGGCGACGGCGAGGAAAAGGCUGUGGUGAAGCAGAAAUGGUUUCCAGGAACCCAUUAUGAUGUCGGUCGUAUGACUUUCCGCUUUGCACGCCAGAGCCCUGCAAAUUGGAUUGAAGAUGCGUUGGGCUGGGCUACAGACCUGCUUUCACGGACAAUUUAUCCGAAUGAGGUGCUUAGCGAUGCGGUAUUGAGGUGGCUGGUUCAGGGAGUACAGGAGGCUGACGACGAUUCUGCGAAUCCGUUGAUGCCAAACACUGAUCAACACGUCGAGAGCCUCAGUAGCAGACUCGGAGAAUCUGCUGUGGCAUCCUCAACAGCAUCAGCUCCAACCGCUCGAACAGGAAGCGGCGACAUCUACGGUGACGUUCUUGCUUACGCACCGGGCGGUAGGGUGUUCAGUGCUAUAAAGCGUACUUCUCAUUCCAUCACUGGACUACUGAAUGAUUUUAUCCCUCACCUUGGCGACAAUAUCCAGAGUUUGCUAGGGAUCAAGGCGCUUGUCGGUAUCUUGACUGCUACAGCUGAUCGUCGUAUACCAGGGACGGAAGCGGAUAUUUACCCUUACAAAGAGUCUGAGACUGUGGUCGUGCAAGGGAGGGAAGUGACGUUUUCAGUCGAAGAGUUGGCAAGAUUGAAUGAGAAGAACGAGAGAGGUAUGUUACGGUAUCCGAGUCAGACGCUAGAGGCUCAUCAGCUUUGGAAACGUGUAUUUGGGAAGAAAGAGACGCAGUGAUGGGAACGACACGUGACAAGUUAGCUUCUUUUGCGUGAAGCUCACUGAUAGUAAGAGUGUUCAGUUAUUCUUGCAAAUCUAAAUCUGAUCGAUCCUACUUGCUCUUGUUCAUCUCAAAAGCACCUUCAUUCGCGAACGCCUUCUUGUCUACGACUUGAUCCCUGGUAAACCAUCUAUUAGAUUUCUUCUAUACUCUAAAAGUACACAUUCAUCAGAACUAAAAGCGCUCCAUCAUUUCGAGCGUACGCCACAUCCCCAAUACGAAAAUGCUUAGACAAGACUUACUUCUUGCCACGGC